UCCGCCAUGAACGCGGCGGGAGUGAGGAUGGUGGUGACCCGCGCCCGGAGCCAGGGGACUGGGACCAGUCUGAGGCCGGGUGGGGAGAAGGCCGCGCCGCUCCGGAGCGGAGAGGCGGCUGCAGAAGGGAGGAAAAGCUACAGUCCUGUGAAGCGUCGGCGGAAGGCACGAAGAUUGAGCGUGGCCUACGAGACCUCAGAAGGUGAAGAAGGCGAGGGGGCCGAGCGUCUCCAGGCACCAUCCUGGCAGCCUCAGGACUGGCGGCGGCAACUGGACAACAUCCGGACCAUGAGGAGCGGGAAGGAUGCGCCCGUGGACCAGCUGGGGGCUGAGCACUGCUUUGACCCCAGCGCAUCCCCAAAGGUGCAGAGGUACCAGGUGCUGCUGUCCCUGAUGCUCUCCAGCCAGACCAAGGACCAGGUGACAGCGGGCGCCAUGCAGCGGCUACGGGCCCGGGGCCUGACGGUGGACAGCAUCCUGCAAACGGACGACAGCACACUGGGAACGCUCAUCUAUCCUGUGGGCUUCUGGAGGGUGAGCCAGCCUGUGGCCGGCAGGCCUGGGGGCACCACUGGCUUGCAAAAGGUGUCAAGGAAGCUGAACAGCUGCGGGGGGCGGGGGCAGUCGCUGGAGCAGGCAUCCCUGGCUAGCAAGGUGAAGUACAUCAAACAGACCACUGCAAUCCUGCAGCAGCGUUACGGUGGAGACAUCCCAGCCUCCGUGGCAGAGCUGGUGGCGCUGCCCGGUGUUGGGCCCAAGAUGGCGCACUUGGCCAUGGCGGUGGCCUGGGGCACUGUGUCAGGCAUUGCAGUGGACACACAUGUGCACAGAAUUGCCAACCGACUCAGGUGGACCAAGGAGGCAACCAGGUCCCCAGAGGAAACCCGAAGGGCUCUGGAGGAGUGGCUGCCCAGGGAACUGUGGAGAGAAAUCAAUGGCCUGCUGGUGGGCUUUGGCCAACAGACUUGCCUGCCCGUCCGCCCACACUGCCACGCCUGCCUCAACCGGGCCCUGUGCCCAGCUGCACAGGGACUCUGAGGGCCUGGGGCCUCUGCCCGGCGCCACCCUGGCCACUGUCUGUCUGUGCCUUUGCUGGGGAGCCGUAGCCUGUUUAUAAUAAA